CAGAGAGAGAGAGACACACACACAGCAGAGAGACAGAGAUAGAAAGACAAGAAUAAAAGCAGCAGAAGGCUAAAAUAGACAGUGGACAAAGUCUGAUUCACUGACUGUACAGACUGAUUACAACAGCACACAGCAGGGGCUUUAAAGAAAUGCAGAUCAGAAUAAAUUGAAAGAUAAAAACUGAAUGAAGGACACUAAGACAAAGAAAGACAUGCAAACAGUUACAAAUGCUUAAAGCUCCCAUAGCAUUUAAAUACAAGGCAAAACUGUUUUGAGAGUAAGGCAGCCUGGACUGAAUCAACAUCCUGCAGGACAAAUGGAGACCACAGGCUGUUCUGAAGUGCAUGCUGCUGUGGAGGAGUCUAAGAAAUCUGGAGAAGUGACCCAUCCAGAGAAAGAAGAGAAAAUCAUUGGAAAUAUGGAGGAUUCCUUUAAUAGCACAACAGAAUAUACUGCUGAUGAGAAAGAGGCACCUGAGAUGGAUGGGAUAAAAGAUUCAGAACAAAAGGCUGAGUCACUAAAAAGUGAUGUUUCAUCUUGUGAUGAAUCUCAUGGUUUCCUGGCUGAGCCUGUUUUGCCAGUAGUAAAAGACUCAUCUGGAAAUGAAAUGAUGGAAGAAAAGAGGGCAGCUGAAGAUUCACAGCCAGCUCCUGCUAUACAGUCACCAGAAGCACCAAGUGAAAUUCCAUCUGAGGAGCAGAUGAAAGAUAUUGUCAGCUCUGAAGCUGCUUCUGUAGACAAGGUAGAAAGUGGAAUGGCAGCAUCUUCUCUUGAGGCUGACAUAUCUGAAAAGAAGACUGAAGCUAUCACUUCUGCAGCCACUUUCACGGCAGAGGGCAGUAGCUCUGUAGCCACAACCAGGGCAGAGGACAGCAGCUCUGUAGCCACAUCCACAGUAAAUGAUAUUAGCUCUGAAGCCACAUCCACAGCAGAGGUUACAUCUGAGCCACAAAUAGCUAGCAAAGUGAGUGAGGGUACUGAAGCAGAUACUCCAGCUCCUGCCACACAGACAGAUGCUGUCACUAGCAAGAGCAAGGUUUCUUCUACACCAGGAGAUGCACCUUCAGCCAUUAGAAGGACUGCAUCAGACAGAAGUAGACGGACGGUAUCUGAAGGAGAUGCUAGCAGAGAACCUGCAGAAACAACCGCUGCUGCAAGUAAACGCCUGCCAGAGAAAAAACGAGAGAUUGGACGAUCCCAGACCAUUCCCAAAUCAUAUGGGCCACAGUCCCGAAGGUCAAUUGUUGCAAAAUUUGAGAAAGAAAGUGGAGGUUCUGCAGGUGCAGCUGCUCCAAGAUUGAAGGUUAGUCGAGCAACAAGUCUUACGAACCCAAGUAAUGUAAAACAGAUGUUGCUGGACUGGUGCCGUGCCAAGACACGAGACUAUGAGCAUGUGGAGAUCCAGAACUUUUCAUCAAGCUGGAGUGAUGGCAUGGCAUUCUGUGCCUUGGUUCAUAAACACUUCCCUGACGCAUUUGAUUACUCAGAGUUAAACCCUAACAACCGCAGGGCAAACUUUGAGUUGGCAUUCACCAUGGCUGAGAAGCAUGCAGACUGUGAUCAGCUUCUUGAAGUGGAAGAUAUGAUGCUGAUGGGCAGGAGGCCAGAUCCCAUGUGUAUCUUUACUUAUGUCCAGUCCCUCUAUAACCACUUACGCAGACAUGAACAGAACAGAAUGCUGGCUGUCACUCCAUGAGCUUCCAGGGGAUAACUAACGGUGGAAAGACAUGCCCAUCACCAUGACUUCUCUUUACCAGGCUCAUCACUGACGGUAACAAGCUGCCCCUAGAAUGGAUAAUAAGGAAAGACAGACAUGUCUUCCAAAAGUUCUGUUUAGAUGGUCCUGGGAAAGGUUAAUGUGCAGCUCACUUUGUACAAAAUAACACAUCACUAACUCAACCAAAGUACAAAACCUGCACCAAAAAAAGGUAAAAUGGGGAGGAGGAGGUCUGGUAGCAAAGCUAGUAGAGAUUUCUCAUGCAUUCACCUACAGCAUCAGAGAAGAAUACUAUAUUAUACAAGCUAAAGGAAUAACUACACUUCCAACUAGUAAUGGAUUCUCAUCCAACACAACAAAGUAUCACUGAGCAGAACUUUCAGGAAAGCUAAACAAACAUUAUAUUCUCAAGCAAUAUGGGUUCCAAACUACACUACUGCAUCAUCACAAACCACAAAGUGUACCAGAAGAGCUAAAGGACCAUCCUGUCAGGUCACUUCACAAUUGAGUCUUGUUAAACAUAUGCAGAGUAUGACAGACUAGGGUCAGCUAAUGAACAGCUCUGCUGACUCACAUAUUAGGAGAGUCUCGUACACCCAAAAUUGGCAUCUCAGAAGUGAUACUGUAUCAUGGGAGCUAAAUGAACAGAAAAGAAGUCUGACACAGGUUAAACAGCUCAGCAUCUACCACCAAUAAAUAUUAAAACAGUCAUCUUAUAAAAAAGUAUGCAAUUCAUUUAUAUGUAAAUAUGACCCACAACUCCACUUCUUUUAAGCUGUAUAUAUAUAUAUAUAUAUAUAUAUAUAUAUAUAUAUAUAUAUAUAUAUGUAU